GACGUUGGAUGGAAAGGUACCAGGACUUGAAUGGUGUUGGACAAAUUUCCAAGGGAGAGGGGUACAAAACGUGAGGAAGACACCUCGGGAAAGCUGAUGUCGGUGAAAGCAGCCAAGGCUCCGAUCAAGUCCCCAGAUAUUGACUUAAGUCAGUCCACGUGCAGGUCGCGUUCUUUACACGUUUCCAUUGUGUGAUAUCGUGGGACGUGGGUGUUACAUGACUUUUCACUCACUCAAUAAUUAAUCAACAACAACAAAAAAACACAACCAAAUUUCAAUAUUUUUCACGGUUAUUAUCAUAAAUUAACAUGAUCGACUUGAAAACGAACGCUGCCACAUUGAGAACGACCUACGACAAUAUUUUUUAAACUCCUCUGAAGUACAGAAAGAAAACCACCAGAAGAAAUCGAAAUUUCUAUUUACAAAUCAAUUUUUCAAUAUUUUCAACUCGAAUUUUAUUUUAAACAAGAAAAUUCAUUAUUUACGACCAAAAAAUGUAGUUUCUUAAAGUUGUACAAAAAUAUCUUGAAAAUCGAAAAUUAAUUUCUUUAGUGUACACUUAGAAGAAGUGAAAAAAAGAAAAAUUGCCAAUAUCAAGAAAUAAAAAAUGAGGCAAAAGCUGAAAAGAGAGUUUCAAUUUUAGUGUUUUGGAGAAAAUGUUUCCCUUCUAAAAAGUAAAAAAGAGAACAAUUUUCAGUAAAUUCGCAAUUUCAUCGUAAAAUGAAGUCCGGAGUCUAAUGAAAAAUUGUGGGAGUGAAUAAAAUUUGGCAAUGAAAAAAAGUGAAAAUUAAUAAAAGAAGAAAUAAUAGAUCAUGCAGCUGAAGAUCUCGUUGAUUUUUCGGUACGUGCUGCUGAUAACGGCCCUGAAUGGAAUAAAUGGAAAUCGCGAUAUCAAAGAAAUGUCGAAUUACAAUUAUCCAAGUAUUUCCAUAUUAUCUCAAAGUCUCUCGAAAUUUGAGAAACCAAUUGCCCAUCAAUUGGUGGGUCAACGAGCUUUCAACGAUGAUUACGAAUUCAAUAAUCGAAGGUCUGGUGAAAGCAAUCAUGCUAAAGAUCAGUUAUUCAACGAUCUGAUAAAUUCGAGGGACAAGUACGUUCGUCAAAAUCGAGCCAUCGAGAGCACUAUACAAAAUGUAAUCGAUCGAGAUUUCAUUAGGGGAAUUAACAACAAGGAUUAUUCGAAUUCAAAUAGUGAAUUUUUUCCACAAUCUAUCUCAAAUUAUCCGGCAGUAAUUGAUGAUUUUAAUAAUAAUGAUAAUAAUAAUAAUAAUAAUAAUAAUAAUAAUAAUGACUAUUUGGAUGAUGUGAGUGAUGAUGAAAGUGUCAAGUUUGAGAAAUUUUUGGAUCAACUUAUUAGUAAGAAGCGAACUAAUGGAGAAUUGGAUGAUUUGAAUUUGGAAACGGGCAGAAGAAAAGGGAGACGUAGAAAACUCAAUAGUCAGGAGCAGGGAAUUCUUCUUGUUGAGGCUCUCAGAAAGAAACGAAAUUUUACCUACGUUAACGAUCAUCGUGGUCACGGAGCUGAUAUUCAGAGCGGAAUUAUGGAUAUGCUCGGCAAAAUGAUUCCUCAGACGUGUAAAUACAAGGGCGCAAAAUUCGAAUGUGGCCUUAGUAUAAGCUGUGUCCUUGGCGGUGGUCGUCCCGUUGAUCUUUGUUCCGGAGGCAUGAUUUGGAGCUGCUGCGUCGACGAUGACGACAUUCCCGAAAAAGUGACGAAGCCAACUGUUGGACUUCUUCAAAAUGCCAGUUGUGGAGAACUUUACACUAGAAGUAAUAGAAUUGUUGGUGGACAUAGUUCUAGUUUUGGCAGUCAUCCGUGGCAGGCCGCUAUCAUUAAAUCAGGAUUCCUGUCGAAAAAGCUCUCGUGUGGAGGAGCUUUACUCAACAAUCGGUGGAUUGUAACCGCUGCUCAUUGUGUUGCCACGUCUCCGAACAGCAACUUAAAAGUCAGGCUUGGAGAAUGGGACGUCAGGGACGCCUCAGAACGAUUACUUCACGAGGAGUUUAACAUUGAGCGAAAAGAGGUACAUCCACAAUAUUCGCCAUCGGAUUUUCGAAAUGAUGUGGCUCUUAUCAAAUUAUCAAAGACUGUCUCUUUUAAGCAACAUAUCGUGCCGGUUUGUUUGCCAGCUAGAAAUUUGAAACUCUCGGGACGAGCGGCCACGGUUGCUGGUUGGGGACGAACACGACAUGGUCAGGUUUCUGCGCCUACGGUACUGCAGGAAGUCGAAGUCGAGGUGAUUCCGAAUGAAAGGUGUCAAAGAUGGUUUAGAGCCGCUGGCAGAAGAGAAACGAUUCACGACGUUUUUUUGUGCGCUGGAUACAAAGAAGGCGGAAGAGAUUCUUGUCAAGGAGAUUCUGGAGGUCCAUUGACAAUGUCCGUGGAAGGAAGACACGUUCUAAUUGGUCUAGUUUCAUGGGGAAUUGGUUGUGGACGUGAGCAUUUGCCUGGUGUUUACACAAACAUACAAAAAUUCGUACCGUGGAUAGACAAGGUGAUGAGCUAAUUGGACAUUUUCAUCGGAAAAGGGAAAUUAACGCGAAAGGAACGAUACAAAAGAAGAAGCAACUCGAGUUACCAAAGUUUCUUUCCGUAUCCAAAUAUAUUUUCAAGGAAACACCUCUUAACAUUCCAAUUUUCUCGAAGAAAGAAAUGAAACAAGUGAUACGUAAGUGGGAUGAAAAGUUGAAUUUUACCUUCUUAAAGCGAAAUUUACAACCGAAGUCUUUACAAAAAGAAAAAGAAAAUAAACUUACUUCGAACCAAAUUCAAAAAUCAAUCACUGAUUGUGAGUUUUAAAAAAGUUCUUAAACGGAUUUUUGCAAUUUAUUUCUGAUAAAUUAAAUACGAUUUCCAGUUAAAAGUGGAGAAAUUCUUUUUUAAAGAUUUCUUGUAAGAAGGAUAUUCGAGUCUCAAUUCUGAAAUGAAAUCUCAGGUAUUGUUAUUUCGAGAAGAUUCUCUACAAACAUCAAAAAUAGAAUCUUUAUUCAAACUCGCCAUGAUUAAAUCUUGUAUAUUAUUUUUAUAUUCAGAUACAUUGUGUCUGGCAAGUAUUUAAUAAAAAAGUAGGGUGCAGAAAACAUUAUCUAAUUACUUGUGUUUGUGUACAUAUCAUAUUUCCUCUUUUAAAAUUUUGUCAGACAUAAUUUUAUUAUAUUCUUGUUCAAAUUUCAUUUAAGUCUUCUAUAAUCAGAUUUCCAUUACAUUAAAUCUUCUUCCUCCUUUCUUUUAAAUUGUUGACUAAAAUAAUAAAAGUGAACAAAAAUGAAAUUUUGAAUAUCAGGAAAAAUCAGUUUACAAGAAAGGAAGGGGUAAAAAUGCAAAAUCAAAAACAAUAUUAAUGUAAACGUAUUAUUUUUAUUAAUCAUCGUAAAUUAGGUGUUUUGCGAUUCUCGGGAGUCCCUUGAUAAUUUCUCUAGCUAGCUCGUUACAAAUUUAUAGACCACUUUACCCGUAAGUGUCUCUACAGUAUUAUACAAUAUACAUAUUUUUUUCAGAAAAAGAGCGUCCAGUAUGAAACAAACGUAGUAAAGUUAUCUAUUUAACAAGGAAGUUUUUGUUCUAUAUUUGUUAAAAUGUUUUUUAUAGGUCAUCUCAAAAUUUAACAGCACGACAAAGCAGAGUUUCGUUUCUGCAGAAAAAUUUCUCAAUAAUUUGCAUGAAAAGAAUGGUAAAAAUUCGAUUUUUAGGAGGGGGGAAAGUAAGGAAAAAAUCGUUAAAAAAUGUUCAUAAUCGUUUAUCACUUGGCGCUUUUUUGAAAAAUUCUCGAGGUGACCUUAAAUUUAUAUAGCGUUUUUAAAUUACUGUGCAAAAAACAGCGUUUUUGAGUUUUCUCGAGGCUAUAUUUUAUAUAUGAUGGAAAAAAAAUCUGGUCCUAAUGCAAUGCGCAUUUAUACACUAAAUUUUUUUUCCUUUCUUUGAUAACAAACAUUAUCAUCGUCAUUAUUAUAAUAAUUUUUUUCACACUAACGAACUCUCGAGAACACUGUAAUGAACACACACUCACUUUUCUGGUUUUUUUUAUUCUAUACAUAGUCUUAUAUCCUUAUUAUUUUUUUUAAACUUCCUCACUUUACAGAAACGUAGAAAAUUAAAUACAAUCUGCCAUCAUAGAUAACAUUUUUUAUACAUACAUCGAAUCUACACUUCCAGUCAAAUAUCUCUUUUAUAUAUGUAUAUCUAUUUUUCGAGAUAUUUACUUACAAAUUAAAAGAUUCUAAUUUUACAAUUUUUGUAUUGUAAAUUAGAAUUUUAUAAACUUUUUACAGGGUUGAAGGCUACAUUUACAAAAUAAUCAAAAACUGACUAUUUAUCAAAUAUAUUUACAUUCGUAAUUAAUAAUUUAUUUUACAAUUUAGUACGUAGAAUUAAAAUUUUACUGAUUAUUUUCUGUAGAAUUUUUUAUUUUUCAGGAGA